GAAAAUGUAAUCUAGUGUUUUCUGAUGGUUUUUACUCAGAGGAGGGAGGAGGUGGAGGCGCCGAGCGGAAAAAAUUGAGCGGGCCGGCGGCGCGGCGCGGCGGCUGCCUCCUCUGCUCGUCCGAUCGAGCUCGGUUCGUCGGCCUUGAAGUUUUGGUGAGAGAAGGGAGUACAACCGUGCAGGGAGUGGUUCAUGGCGGCCGUGGCGCGCGGCCAACGGAGAAGGGGCCGUGCUCCUGGGGCUGCCUCCGCCGCUGCGGCUGAAGACGACGGGGAGGAGCAGCACCUCAACCCCUUCCUCUCGGACGCGGCACCCUCUUCCUCAAGAGUCCAGUUCAGGAACGUCGCGUCGCGGGGGCGGUGGGUGGAGGAGGCUGGUGCGGCAGAGGUGUUGGACAACAAGGGGAAGCUCUGGCUGACCACUGGCAUAGCACGGGGCGGCAAGCUCUACUACAAUGUGGAGGAGAUCGGGUUCUUGGCAGAAAGAGGGGCAUUGGUUCUUCUCGAUGACAAGGAUGAAACAGUUGGAAUGGAGGAGAUUUAUGGAAAGAUUGCAAGAGGAAGUUAUGGGUGCUCCUGGGAUGCCUUCCAAGCUUACAGGCACUUGAAGUUGCUUGGCUACAUUGUUGGACGAUAUGACGUUCCCUGGACAAUGAAGCAAAUCCGUUCUGGUGACGUCACUAAUUCCCCCGACAGUACGGAUGGCUCAAGCCAGAGCUUUGGUAAAGCCAAUGGUGCCUGCAAUGACAUUACCAAAUUGCUCAAAGGAAUGCGCAUAGAUGGGAUGUAUCCAACCUUUAAAGUGCAUCUACCAAAUAGCAAAUUUAAGAAGUCGUCCCCAGGAGUCCCUAGUUUUCUUGUAUGUCUGUUAAGAGACAAGCCACCUCCAAGGGAUGAACUUGAAAUGGUGGAGAAUAAGUUUGGCGGCAUUCCUCUUAAAUUCUGUCAAGUUGAUAAUGGGCGUGUCAGCUUCCUCUCCUUCGAUAAAGUUACACUUCCUAGUUUGCCCUGAUAGAUAACUGCAGGAAUGGCUGCAUCAGGAUGUCUGCUUCUGUGCCGCUUCUCAGGGCCGAGAAAGUUGCCAGGUUGAUCUUCAGGUUCUCCAGUUGUGUGCGGAAUCGUGUCCACUCUUUGCUGCUUUGUUACUGCUGGAUACUGAUGAUGUUGUUUCGGGUGGUGCAACAGGAAAAUUUGGGUUUUCCGACUGCGAUGAAUGCCACUCUUUUCCCUCUCUGCCUUGAGGUCUGGGCAUGGAGUUGGAAUGCUCAUGAGCAGCGAGCGUGUCAGGAAGCGAACCCAUGAGUAUUAUUUUUCUUGUGGUGAUGAGGAGUGCAUCAUUUUCAUGAGGUUCCCUAACACAGUAGAUGGCCUUUAACUUCUAGCUGGAACUUGCAACCUAUAAAGACAUUGUAAAUUUUGAAAGGAAGACAUAUCAGAUUUGCAGUCCAGAAAGCAUGUUGUGUUCGAGCAA